AGCUAAUGGUGGCCUUUAAAUUAAUGUAGUCACAUGCGAAAAUGUUUUAGUUGAGAAAGAAGCUUAGCAGCCAAUUUAGCAAUGGCAACCAACAUAGAAUUCUUCAAAUUUUUUGUGGUAUUGGGCUUUUAAAUUCACAUUUGCUUCAUGUAAAUAUGAGGUAAAUGGCAGUUAUCCCAAGAUUUCCAUGGGAGGGUCCCCAAGAAUUCAUUUAUAGCUCAGUUUACCAUAAUAAUUCAUAAAAACAUUACAGUACCUAAAGGUUUUUUCUUUGCAAUUUGCAUCUGCAUCGCAGUUGCAUUGAGAGACUGAUAUGGCCUCAUUUGACUCACCAAACUCACCACCAAACCCAUCUUUUGCAAUUAGAGAAACAACCCACAAGUUCUUGAGGAGUCUCUCUUCUGAAGAACCACCUUCUUUCUCUCAUUUUCCCUAUUCUCCAACGCAUUUAGCCACCCCACACCGCCGUUCCUCUCCAUACUCCUCUCCUCCUCGUCCUCACACGCCAACUAAUGUCGUUUCCAGCUCUAAAACCACUUAUUCUUGUCUUUCUUCCAUCCUCAAGAAGGAUGGCCAGAUUCUUUCCAUGGUUAUGUCAAAUGGUCUCAUUUAUACUGGUUCUAAUGCGAAUCUGAUACGAAUAUGGAAAUUGCCUGAGUUCAUGGAAUGUGGACAACUCAAGACUAAGGCAUGUAUGGUUGUGGCAUUGGAGGUUUCACAUGAUAGGAUUUAUGCUGCCUAUGGUGAUGGCAAGAUUCGAGUUUGGCGAAGAACAUGGGAUGGGGCUUUCAAACAUGUCCGAUUGGCUACCAUACCCAAGACCGGAGGUUAUGUCCGGAGCUACAUUGCCGGAAAAGAUAAGAUGAUGAAGCACUUAGGACCGAUAACAUCAUUAGCAAUCAACAUUUCUGAUGACACCCUAUAUUCAGCUUCCCUUGAUAAAACAGUGAAAGUAUGGAGAUUAUCAGACCUUAAAUGCAUUGAGACCAUCCAAGCUCAUCCCGAGCCAAUCAACGCCAUUGUUGUGGCUGAUGAAGGAGUACUCUACACUGCUUCUGAUGACGCCACUGUCAGAGUCUGGCGUCGAAACUUUUGCAUUGGGGAUGGGCCACAUUCUCUCAUCACAACCCUGCCUGCCAAGUUCUCACCUGUAAAGACCUUGACCCUGACCAUAGAUAACAGAGUCCUGUAUGGUGGAUGCACGGAUGGGUACAUUCAUUACUGGCUUAGGGGUGGGUUCUCUGGCCAAUUACAAUAUGGUGGUGCACUCCAGGGUCACACGCAUGCAGUUAUGUGCAUAAGCAAUGUGGGAAGCUAUGUGAUCAGUGGCUCAGCCGAUUCAACUGGCAGGGUUUGGCUGAGAGAAUUGGAUGGGCAACAUACAUGCCUGGCAGUUUUGGUAGGGCACAGAGGACCUGUUAGGUGUGUAUCAGCAUUUCUGGGGCGAUUAGGGGAGGAUAACGAAGAAGAAUGCACAGUUUGCACAGGUAGUCUUGACGGAGUCAUAAAACUGUGGCGGGUGUCGCGUGCCAACAAGGAUAGUGGCCCUUUAUCACCCACUGGUUAUGAGCAUUUUGAGCUGCAAUAGGGAAUUAUGAAAUUUAGUUUUAUUUUGUUUUUCAAAUGUACAGUAUUAACCAUUUGAGAAUUGUAUUUGAGAGAGAUCAAGCUCUUUUGUAUUAAUUGAUUAUUGUAGUCUUGUUUUA